AUAGCUUGAUUGCCUUUACGAUUUGUCCUCUCUCUAAAACCAUCGUUAAUUCAAACCCAAUAAUAUAUUUUUAACAAAUCCCACUAUCUUCCUAAUCCACCCAAAAAUUACACAAAAAUUCACCUAUAUUCUACAUCAUGUCCCGUCCCUAUUUUAGACCCAUAUAGAGUAUAAUCAUAUAUCAUGGGGAGAUUAAGUGAGAUGGGAGUGAGCUAAUGCCAGAGCUUAAGGAAGAAUAGGGUUGACGACGAGGGAGAGAGAUUUCAAAGUAAUUUAAAAUAAAAAUAAAGUGUGGCAUGCCUCAAUCAACUAUCUCCUCAACUAACAGAUUUUCUUACUGCCUCCCUAGCCAAGUCUCUGUGCUCCAGAUCUCUCUAUACUUUAUUCUUCAUUACUUAUUCUAUUACCCAAAAAUUGUAGUAUUUUCUCCUACUCAAAUCUGGGCUCAGCUUCGGUUUCUGGGUCUCCCUAAUGAAGAUCAUCGCCGCCUACUUGUUGGCCGUUUUCCGCCGCUGAUUUAAAGAAGAUUCUCGGUUCAGGUAUUGUUCCUCUAAUGGUGUGUGAAAAUGACAACUAUUGAGCCAACAACAACUCAGACCAAGAGAAAAUCUUCUAGUGCUUCUACUACCCGUGCUAGGAUUCAAAGUUUAGCUCCUUCAUCAUUUAAGAAAUGGGGUGUAAAGCACCCCUUUUUUAGAUAUGGACUUCCAAUGAUCUCUCUCACUGUGUUUGGAGCUGUUGGCCUUGCUCAUCUUAUACAAGGCAGCAAGGAUAUUGCAAAGGUGAAAGAUGAUCAGGAAUGGGAUAUUAUUGAGACCAGAAAAGCAUUGUCCAGAACAGGACCUGCAUAUAAGCCAAAACAGAUUUCUUUGGAAGAGGAGCUUAAGGCUUUGCAAGAGAAGGUUGACAUAAACAACUACGAGUACAAGAAAAUUAUUCGGCCAAAUGAAGGCAAGUCGCACUAGUUUGUACUUUUAUCAAUUUAUCAAUCAAUGGAAAGCUCUUAGGAUUUGUCCUUCAUCUUGAAGUCAUGUAGCGACUCCCCAACCACGACCUCUUUUUGCAGCAAAAGCUAUACAAACAUUUAUGCUCUGACCUAGUUGAUCAUUGUAGCUACCGACUCUCACAAUAGUAGUUUUUCCCACAACAUAGUAAAGAUCCUCCGAAUAGAAUUCUCAAUUUGCUUGGAGAAUAUCUUUGUACUUUGCUGAAAUCAAAUUCCUUGUAUGCCGCCUCAAAUAAUUAAGCAUGAUUUUAAUAUAAUGCAUUGAGAAUGUUGAAAA